AAGCGGUUAUGUUCGUUAUUUUGAAAUCGCAUGCGCUUGCACUGAUAUGUGUAUAAAUACCGGUCUGCAAAGAGUGGAAAAGUUGUGGAAAGGGCAGGAAAGGGAGAAAUGGUAGAGGAGGUUACUUUUCUACCGAUAAUUAUUGUUAUCGCGAUAUUAAUUUGUUGCCGUGAUAUGUUAUCGAAGAUGAUGAAAGAUCAGCAGAGUAUAACCAGAACUAAAAGGAACACCGAGGAAACAGUAGCCAACAAUAAAAAGUCAUUCGCGAUCAGCAACGAGUCUAGAAACACCGAAAAACGAAUGAAACCUAACCUGAAACCAAGCCACGGACCAGCACAUGGUACCUCAAUAACAAAUUGGGAGAAAUUUAAAGAUCUCAUCAAAGACUCGGGAUCCGAUGAGAAAAAAAUUAGGAACAAUAACGCUCAUGCAAAAACUUUUCCGAGGCAAAGGAGGAAUUACAAUAAUGUAGAAUCUACUACAUCCACACCUGCCUUGACCUUUUCCCCCAUCACUAAAUCCAAGGUGGAUAUCACAAAGAACGAGGCAAUGAAUCAACUGACAAAACAGGUGGCAAUGGACUGUGAGAUGGUUGGAAUUGGAGACGGAACCGAGAACAUGUUGGCACGGGUUUCACUAGUUAAUAGGUACGGAGUAUGUAUUUACGACAAGUAUGUCAAGCCGCGAGAAAAGGUUCAAGAUUACCGAACACCGGUGAGCGGGAUUCGUCCUCAUGAUCUUCACAACGGGGAAAACUUUGAGACGGUCCAAAAAGAAGUGGCUGAAAUAUUACACGGAAGGUUAUUGAUUGGCCAUGCACUCAAGCACGAUACCGAUGUUCUAUUCUUAUCCCAUCCCAAGAGAAUGAUAAGAGAUACAUCGAGAUAUAAGCAGUUUAGAAAAGUUUCAAAGGGGAAUACACCAAGUCUGAAAAGACUGGCUGCAGAAUUGCUCGGUAUUGAUAUACAAAGCGGCGAGCAUAGUUCUGUAGAAGAUGCUAGAACUGCGAUGCAGUUAUAUAUGUUGUAUAAAAAUCAGUGGGAAACUGAUAUCAGAACUAAACGGUGAAAAUUUUGUAUAUUACCUUUUGCUUGCUAAUUGCAGGCUACUGUUUAUUCAUGUUGUUAAAUCGACGUACAGCCAAAAUUUUUUUUAAGAACAUACAAAUGUUGUAAUUAUAUAUCAAAUGUUGACGAGUUAAUUCAAUUUCAAUGUUGAGUGAAAAGACUGUUGAGAUAUACAUUAAUUUCAAUAUUAAGGAGCUGGUCGCCAAUCGCUUCCCUCAUAUUUUUGUACCGUAGUUAAGUGGUAAUCUUCUCGACAAUUAACUCCACCUACGGCAUGCGAGUUACAUUCGAGCUUUUCAACAAGUUCAAUAACGUUUUGGAAUAAUAGCAAUAGAUUUUACAAACGAGCUAAUUAAUUUACUUACUUGGUUACCUACAGUUGUGUUCUUAUCUAUUUAAGUCAACUCUAAGGUGAAUCGUGUAACUUUUUUUUGACCUAAUGUUUUUUGAUGAGAUGGCUUAAUCUAAUUAGUUGAAAGGAAUUCGUACAUCCCUUAGAUACUUAAUAAAAUAUUCAUAUCUGUAACAAAAUACUAACAGUUUUUCUGAACUUCUCUUUAUUGAGUGCUGUUUUAUUCAUCGCAGCCUAAUUCUUUAAAUACAAAUAGGACCUUGACUAGUUUAAACACUAGCUAUUCAAGGUUUAAUAUAGAUUUAUUUCCGUCAAUUUGUUUAGAACUAGGUGAGUUGAGAUAAAAGAAGAAUUUCAAAAGAAAGCUGUAGUAAAAUGAUUACUGCCUCGAUAUAUGAGUACGAAAUAUGUGUGUUACUAGAGAAUAAAUUAUUUCUGUAGUUAUGAAAAAUAAAGUAUUUUGUUUAUAAGAUGAUUGUUAGAUUUAUUUUGCUAUGUGAUGGCUUGAUUUGUUUGAAAAUGAAAUGAUAAAGGAGACAAAUUUUGAACGAACGAGUAGCAACGAACAUCUGUUCGAUCGAUGGUAGUUAGUAGAGUAAAAAGAAUUUUUCAAGGAAACAUUAGAUGCACAAAAGGAGUGGCCGUGGAUUUUUCAAUGUUGUAUACAUAAGAAGAAUAAAGAAAAAUCUUUAUAUUCAA